GUGGAGCGGCUUUCUCCUUCUUCUUCUUCCCUGCCUCCCUCUUCAGUUCCUCGUGUUGAGCAGUGACAGAUAGAGAGAGCACGAAAUAGAUUGUGGAGAGUGCAUGGGAGACGAAGGGAUGGCGGCGGCUGUGGUUAUCCGGGAGUACGACCCGGCGACGGACCGGGCCGGCACGGAGGCCGUGGAUCGAGAGUGCGAGGUCGGGCCGGCCGGCGGGAUGUCGCUCCACGCCGACCUGCUCGGCGACCCCCUCGCUCGCGUUCGACACUCGCCGGCUUACCUCAUGCUGGUGGCUGAAGCAGCUGGUGGGCAGAUCGUGGGCCUCAUCCGCGGCACCGUGAAGUCGGUGGCCACCGCCGGCGCAACGACAAGCUCCCCCGCCUCGGCCAGCGUCGGCUACAUCCUCGGCCUCCGCGUCUCGCCUUCCCACAGGCGGAUGGGCGUCGCGCUGCGGCUGGUGCGGCGGCUGGAGCAGUGGUUCGAGCGGACUGGCGCCGCGUACGCGUAUAUGGCGACGGACAAGUCCAACGAGCCCUCGCUGCGGCUCUUCACGGGCCGCUGCGGCUACUCCAAGUUCCGCACGCCGUCGCUCCUCGUGCACCCCGUGCACGCCCACCGCCUCCGUGGCCCGCGCCGGGCAGCGGUCCACCGCCUCGCCCCGCGCGACGCCGAGCGCCUGUACCGCGCCCGGCUCGCGCGCGUCGAGUUCUUCCCCGCCGACAUCGGCGCCGUCCUCGGCAACCCGCUCUCCCUCGGCACCUUCGUCUCGAUCGUAGAUGAUUACGAGUGGCGCGGGGUCGAGGCGUUCCUGGCGUCGCCGCCGGCGUCGUGGGCCGUGGCGAGCCUGUGGGACUGCGGGGGCGCGUUCCGGCUCGAGGUGCGCGGGGCGUCGCGCGCCCGGCGCGCCGCUGCCGCGGCCAGCCGCGCCCUGGACGCGCGCGCCAAGUGGAUGCGCGUGCCGUCCGUGCCCGACUUCUUCCGGCCGUUCGUGGCGUGGUUCGUCUACGGGCUCGGGGGAGGCGGCGACGACGGCAGCACGCGGGCUGCGGAGGCGCUGUUCGUGGCGUUCGUGAACAUGGCGCGGGGGAGGGCCGCGGCCGUGGCCGUGGAGGUGGCCGCGUGCGACCCGCUCCGGCGGCGCAUCCCGCACUGGCGCAGCCUCUCGUGCGAGGAAGACCUCUGGUGCAUGAAGCGGCUGGGCAGCGGCGGCGAUGUGGAAGGCUGGGAUUGGGCCAGAUCAGCGCCUGGACAGUCCAUCUUCGUGGACCCAAGAGAGGUUUAGGUUGACUCCGGAGCGACCGUUCAGGACUUUUGUUUGGUUCUGGCCUUUGUUAGCCUUUUCCUUCAUGUAUUUUUUUUUCAGUUUUGUUAGAACGUUUUUUUCCUAAAGAUCCAAC